UUUGGUUAAACCAAGUACCAGUUGACUAGUGAGCAAAUGAGCUAUAGCAGGUAUUUUGGUAUCACUAGAUGCCUUGUAAUGGCAACCUUUAUGGUCAUGCAUGUUUUAUUCUCUCUUUGUUAUGUUUUCCAGAGGGAUAACCAAUUGGCUGAUAGAGUAACAAAUGAAAAGUAACUUGACUCCGUUGACCUGCUUAACUCUGCAUGGGAACAAUGGAAAGGAACAGCUGCUUGCUUUGAAACAGUGGAACAGGUAUGGGACAUCUCCUUUCGUUUUUGCCUCCCUUUAUUUCUUUGCACAUUUAUUUCCAGACCAGUUAAAAACAUCAAGUUGUUCCAGAUUGAGAACACAGAAUUGGAGUCACAGGAACAGCCGAGAAAAUGGCAUGUGACACCCCUACCCAAAGACAGCGGACUAUGUCGACCUCUGGAGAAGCUCUAUAUGAAGUUCUUGGUCUGCAUAAGGGAGCAUCAAAUGAAGAAAUUAAGAAAACCUACAGAAAGUUGGCCUUGAAACACCAUCCAGACAAGAAUCCAGAUGAUCCAGCUGCUGCUGAGAAGUUCAAAGAAAUCAACAAUGCCCACACAAUACUUACUGACAUAUCAAAGAGAAACAUAUAUGACAAGUAUGGAUCGUUGGGACUCUAUGUGGCUGAGCAAUUUGGAGAUGAAAAUGUUAAUACCUACUUUAUGCUGUCAAGCUGGUGGGCAAAGACCCUGUUUGUCAUUAUUGGCCUCUUGACUGGCUGCUAUUUUUGCUGUUGUCUGUGCUGCUGUUGCAACUGCUGCUGUGGACAUUGCCGGCCCAAAUCAUCAGUGCCAGAAGAGGACUUCUAUGUGUCCCCAGAGGAUCUUGAGGAGCAGAUCAAGACUGACAUGGAAAGAGAUUUGGACUUUCCAGUUGUUCUCCAGCCUACAAAUGCAAAUGAGAAAACACAGCUUAUCAGAGAAGGAGCUCGAAGUUAUUGCACAGACUCUUAAUACUGAGCCCUUGGAGGGUCCACAGUACUUCCUCUUGGUUCAACCAUGUCUCCAGAUGGUCAUGGGGAGAGGAUAUGGGGCAUGGGAUGCUGUGAACUUUUCCACAUUUGUACUUUAUUUUUAGGUCAGGGAAAGAUAACUUUCCCUACAUAACUUUCCCAGUAUGCAGACUUACUCUUUGAGUAGAAUUCCUAACGAAACAUUCCAUUUCAGCAAAUAAAGGCCUGAAGAAUUGUUUUAUGCUUCUUGCAUGAGGUAAGACAGUGGCACUGGGCAGGCUUUGUGAGCCUGCCCUUUAUGUGAGCCAGACCUCAUUCCUUACAUACUAAAAUAGUAUUCCAAAACAGAGGCCACUUUUCAUCCAUGUAACUAAAUACAAUAAUCAUAUCUGCCAUAAGUAUCAUCAGCAUAAUAUACAUUAGAAUUUAGGAGGCAUGUUUCAUGUGUAGAGAUUUUUCCUUGUCAAUAUUCAAUAUGGCUACAGAAAUAUUUCAAGGGGAAGAAAGAAAUUAUUAAGUAAAAAACCAAACCAUAUUGUUUUAAAGCAUAUUUUUGAAAGAUUAAAAGUUUUAAUUUACUGAAACUGACAAGUAAAACCAGAAAGAAACAUGUUUCUUGUGUGCUUUUAGAUGUGCAUAAAAAAAACACAAAAACCAGAACUCCAACUUGGUUAAAUGUUAUAAAUGAUCCAGAAAAUCAUUCUGAGCCCAAAUCAGUCCCAAACAAUGUGUUGACAAUUUUUAAGCAAAAAUAAUUUCUUCACAACUGGCCUAGGUUAGCUUGACUAAAGAAAAAAAAAACAAACAAACCAUGAGGUAAAGGGUAGAAUUCUAAAUUCUAUAGCCUAAAUUGAAAGGCAUAUUGUUUAUCCCAUUUUUGGUGGGAUUAAUUACAUUGGCCAGAAAAUGUUUAUCUUCAUGCAUGUUAAACAUUUAACUUUAGAGGUCAUCUUUGCAUUUAUUUAUUUGAUCCUAAUAUUCAUUAUGUGGUGGAAUCAAUGUGCUAUUUCUGAAUAGUACAGCAACAAGAGUGCUUGUUUUUCCAGGUCUUUCUUAGAUCCUUAUAUAACAUUGCAUUUUUCAAGACCUUGUUAUGUUUUAUAUGAUAUUAUGAAAUGCCAUUUUCUUUUUUCUUUCUUUCUUAUUCCCCUACCACCAAAUUAUAGUUAAUUGAGGUAAAUAUACUUUGUGGAAGUUGGUGUGAUACCUCUAACUGUUCUGAUGUUAUUAAAACUCUGCUCUAACUCUUGAGUUGCUGGAUUUUUCUUCUUUUUUUUUUUUAAUCAAAAUAAUCAAGUAGAAAGAGCCCUGGUAUAAAAGUUAAGAAACUUUCUAAUUUAAGUUCCCGCUAAUUAGCCCUUUGACCAACUAAGAUGAGAAUAAUAUGGUUAAUCUCUCUAUGACUCUGUUUUCAUAUCUGCUGUCAUCUUCAAUAAGACCAUGUGAAAGUGGUAAGGUGAAAGAACUCUGAAAAGUCAGUGUUUAGCAAAUAUAGCAGUCUUGCACCUAUUUGUAUAUGUUGGUACACACAGAAAAAUGUAAUGUGAACUUCUUAUGUAUAUAAACUCUCACCAAACAAGACUCAUGAAGAUACCCAAUACUAUCAGUCCCAAUGAAGAGCUCAGAACUUGAGACAAAUAGCCCCACCUGUGGAUAAUUGGAUCCACUACAUUUCCUUCCCAAGGACUGAAAGCAAAGGUCAGGCCUAUUUUUGAGUAACAAUCUGCACAUAACAAAGCUCAUCUCUUUCUCUCCUAGACCUCAUUUUUCUCUGUCACAUGAAAUGUUUUACUUCCACUUCCAGCUUGUCCAGAGAGCUGGUGCAAGAGUGUCUAAGAUGAGAACAGGGCAUGAAUUAGAUUCAAAGUCAGAUGGUGAAAUUAAAUUCCUGAGUGGGUCCUGACCAAUAUUUCCCACAAACGACUAGUUUCUAGUUACAAUGAUGUAUGGCAAAUGCAAGCACAUGGAUGCCUAUAAAUGAGGAAAUUAAUUUCACAGAAUAUCCUGAGGAAAUUAAUACACACAGACGCAAGGAUCAACUCUUAAUCUGAGGAGGGGCCACUUAAACAUCCGUGGGAGUCAACAGGUGCUGUCAUCUGGAAUCACCAGCAGUUAUUCUGGACUCACAAGUGUCUUAACAGAGAAACAUCAAGGAAAUAAGGUACAUGUUGCCCGUGACCUUUAGCAAUGGUUGCAUGGCCCUGGUUCAUGCAGGCUCAAAUGAACCAC